AUGAAAUUCACCAAUGUUACAACUAUAAAAGACUUCAUCAUCAUUGGAUUCCCUGGACUUCCGCUUGAGUAUUAUGGACCAAUCUCUGCUUUACUCUUAUUUGUUUUUCUUGCUAUUGUGUUUGGAAAUACUUUUGUUGUAGCUGUUAUUGUAUUUGAAAGGACUCUCCACAAACCAACAUAUUUAAUAUUUUCUAACCUUGCAAUGACAGACCUCAUUUAUGGCACUGUUACACUACCAAAAAUCAUUGCCAGAUAUUGGUGGAAUCACAUGAUAUCUUCAUUUGGAGCCUGCUUUGUACAAAUGUAUUUUGUUCAUUCUUUAGGAGCGAUUCACUCCUUGAUUUUGUUGAUCAUGGCUUUGGAUCGCUUUAUUGCCAUUUGGGUUCCAUUCCAAUAUCCUGUUUUAUUUUCAAACAAAACAACUUCUGUUGCUUGUAGCCUGUGCUGGAUUUUAACAUGCAUACGUAUGAUGGGGAUUGUGCUUCAUGCCCACAGUUUGCCCUACUGUGACUUAAAUAUCAUCAAGCAGUGCUUUUGUGAUCACAAUUCCAUCACCAAUCUGGCAUGUGGUGACAUGGUUAGAUAUGUCAAAUGGGUUGCAUUUGCAAAUGCAAUGGUCACACUGUUGGUUCCUUUAACAUUCAUUAUUUUCUCUUAUUUUGCAAUCAUCAUAGCUGUUUUAAAAAUAUCUCAAACAGAUAGGCGUUACAAAAUGCUGUCCACCUGUCUUCCUCAGAUCAUUAUUACCUGCCUUUACUAUGUGCCGAGAUGUAUUGUUUAUCUCAGUGACAUUUUGGGAUUACACUUUAAUGUUGAUGCACGUAUGAUUAUACCAAUGAUGUACAGCCUAAUACCUGCUGCAGUCAAUCCACUGAUAUAUUGCUUCAAGACUGCGGACAUUAAAAAGGCUUUGAUACAGAGAUUCAAACGUAGCAAAAUUAGCAGUGCAUUUAAUACUGACUAUAUGAAAUAUCCAAAAUAA